AAGAGCUGUACACUACUGUUACACGUCUAGAGCGGAAUUAUCCACCACCGGUUCUUGUUUAUUUAACGCAUCAGUGUCACGAGGAUUCCCUCUGAUAAUCGAACCGAGAGAGCGAAACAGUGGUCUCGUUUUAUCUCUUUUGUAAAAUAUGUGACAGUUAUCAACAUAUUGACACUAUAAGUAUCGUGUGUGCGUCACAAGUACGUGGAACGCAGACGCUGGAAAGGCCUCCGUGGACUUACGUUAUAUGUAUAUAGGUAGGAAAACACAAAUACGUUUCAUAUUAAUACACACUGAGCUGGACGACCGAUUUUUUGGAGCUACCAGACUAGACUUCCCGCUAUAAUAUAGCAACUAUAAUAUACAAACUUAUUUAUUCAAUUGACUAUGUACGGACGUUAUUUCUUUAAUUCCGACACAAGCAUGUGUAUAAAGUACGGAUUGCUCUUUUAUGUGAUUUUCUUGAACUGUAAUGGAGCACAAGCUAAUUCUCUGUGGCCACCGAAAUUGUUGAGAAAACUCAAUGCAGAAGAUAAAGCAAAGCCCCUGCCGCCGCCGACAAAGAAUGUGGGGGCAAAUGAUGUUAACCCGUGCAUCAGAAAUGGUUGUAAGAUAUUUAAACCAUUGUGCAAGCACGGGCUGUGCACGGAUUUAGUUUCUCUCUAUUCGUGCCAAUGGAUGUGUCGUUGUGAGCCAGGAUGGCGAGGAUAUCUUUGUGACGAGAGAGAUACAGUGCAUAUUCCAAAGUUGACAACUAAAGCAUCGACUACAACUACUACGAGUACAACAACUGUUGCACCAACGACCGUAACUACUACGAGUACAACAACUGUUGCACCAUCGACUGUAACAGUUACCGAUACUGUUACACCAACGUCUACUACAACUACAGCCAUAGCAACUGGUACUGCUCAACCAAUUACUUCAACUCCAGCGUCAACUUCAAAUGAAGCAUCUGAAGCAGUUACAACUCCCUCUACAACAACAACAACAACAACAACAACAACAGCAAUCACUUCGGACUCCCGUGAAACAACCACUGACGUACCAAAAACGGUUUUGAGUACAACAAUCAAAACAGAUACCUCAGCUACAACGAGUGAAACAACAAAAAGGCCAACAACUGAUACAACAACGGUCUUAUCUACUUCUACGGAGUCUUACAAGACUACAACAAAACAUCCCACCACGUCCACAUCUGGUGCGACCAUACCGCAAACUACUUCAACUAUGCCAACUGAUGUUGUUCCCGUAACUUCUACAACCAUCGAGUAUCAAGUUAAUGGUUCAUCCACUCCUACAGAGUUCGUGACCAGUGCUGAACUGGUUCCUUCCACAACAUCUACAAUUCGUUCGAAAGACAAUUUCACUGAGAAGAUACAUAGAACAACAACUGUUCCACAACAGUUGGACGAUACGAAAUCUGCGACCGUUGCUACGGACAUUCCCGUCGUAACUACAACAUCAAAACCUUUGACUGAGACAACAACUAUUAUUGGAUCAACAACAGAAGUUCAAGACACCACACAACAUGUUUCUGAUAGUGGGAAGUCGACGAAACAAGUCCCUGUAGUGACUGCAGGGCGAAUCGUACAACCGGCACAGAUUUCGUCAUCAUUGAAGCCGACAACCGAUGCAUCAACUACUAAUAUUCCUAGCACAACUGCGUCUGAUACAACAGCAUCCACACCAUCAGACAUAACUAUCAACAAAACCAAAUCAUAUUCUGACAAGGCAGCAUCCCAAAUUUCGUCAGAGUCGCCAUCAACAAUAACACAGACAACAGCCUCAACGGUAGAACCAACCUCUACGCGUGUCGUGCAGUCUACAAGACGUCCGUUAGUUAAAAACGUUAAGUUGGAACAACCUAAGGCGGCAAAGGCAUCUUCUCGAGAAGAGGUCGUUCUAUUUCCUUCAAAGCUUUCAGCUAGGAAAAGGAAACCGUUUAUAUCAGAAGUGUUUCAUAGGAAACCCAAGCAAACCAGCCAAGAGGAGGACGUAUCAUUGUCUGAGACAGUCACAAACCCAUCUCCAAAACAGAAAACUACCACGACCGCCAAACCAGUCGUGGAAACUCAAAACAUGAUUCAUCAAUCUAUUCUUAAAGACAUGAAGAAAAUGCACAAUUUUUUUACAAAUCUAGGAGGAACGGCUCGGAAUGUCUUACCGGAUAAUAAGAGAGUGUGAAAGAAACAUUCAAAUCCAACGUAUGUAUAGGACUGUGGUAAUGAUGUGUGUGAAACAGAGAGUUGUCCGGAGUAUGUGCCAAAUAAAGACAAGGUAAGAGUGUGCGCGGGACUUGAUGUUUACAUGAUGGAGUAGCUUUGAUGCAAUAAUAACAAUAAAGGUGGUGUUUUGUGUAUGUCUCAGUUUGGAUACAGUACGUCAGAUAUACCUGUGUAUGACGGACAAAUACUCGUUAUAAACGUUUCCGAGUGACAUCUUUUGAAAUCCAUAAAACAAAGCACCGGGCAAGAGUUUCACGUUGUGAUGCAAUAUUUCGUUGAUUUAGAAAUAUAAGGAAUGUUUCACGUUGCCCAUUUGGUGCUUUUAUACGGAAAUCCAUAUCAUGAUAUUUUAAAUGCAUAAUAAUGUGUUAUAAAGACCUACGUUUCGUAACCAUAUUAUAAGAGAAGUUCAAAUUUUGAACGUUACUGUAGUCUCAUAUGAGCGAUGACCAAACAGGUUAUGGCUGUUUGUACAUCUACAAAUAUAACCAUGUAUGUUUCUUUGUAUGUUAAAAGUAUUUGCUUUUUACCAUAGAACAGAAGUUUGCUGAUUAUAUGUUUAGAAGGUAAAUACUUGAAUUUUAUACUAAAAUCCAUAAGUAAAUAUCUUGAUUACAGUAUACUGAUGAUUUCUCUAAAUUAACUCACAAACUUCAAAAAAAAGACAUCAAACUUUCAAGAAAUUGAUUUCAGUUACCAUAUGCAUUAAAAUCUGUUUCUAGAUAUCUAGGAAAUGAAGUAUAUGGUAUAAUGUGUGUUACCAUGAUUACAAUUGUCAAUGGCGUUGGGUAAUGAGUUUUACAAUCUGACACGUACGACAGUUAAUGUAAAUAUUUUACCUGGCGUGUCUAUAGUAAUGUAUAGUUAUAACAAUGACUAAUAUCGUAUUUAUGUGUAGCAGAGGUAACGUGUGAGUUACUGACCCAUCAGAUAUAUUUAGUUGUUCUUAGAUAUUCUUACCGCAAACAACGCUCAUGCGUCCAAGUAUUUACAUAUUAAGUUAUAACAAAACCUAUUUAUUGACAUGUUCUUAUUAGCUUGUUACGUGUAAAGGCCUAGAAAGUCGCAUCUAAGAAUAAACCGUAAAGCUGAAUACUAGUCUAUUAAUAGCUUUUUCAAAAAUCAUGUUAUCAUAAAGAAAUCGUCUAAUUUGGAUAUGUUUUAUUUUGCUUAUAUUCUUAGACGAUUAAUUAUAUCAUAAAAAGCUAUAUGUUUGCUAUAAAUAUGGAAACACGUAAGAAUUAGCAAAAUGCACGUGAAUUAUGUAAGAAAUUAAUGCACGUGAAUUAUGUAAGAAGUUAUGGGUAGUCGAAAUUGAUAAAAAAGACGUUUCACUUUUCACGUUUUUAUUGUGUCAUUUCUUCGGGUUAUACUAUUAACCUUACAGUAAUAACGUUAGUAAAAAUUAUAAUGUUAUAUUUUGACAAUUAACUCGUUAUACAUCUCGAAAUUUACUUUAAGUUGAUGUAGCCUAUACUAAUCAAUGACAUCAAAUAAAGAAACUGAUCUGGAUAUUGAAAUAUAUUUACAUCAAUUAACGAAACGAUAAUGUAUUACUGUAGGUAAACCAAUUGAUCAUAAUUAUAAUUUAAUACAAAUAGCCCAGAGUCAUCAAAUAUGCAAAUAUCGGACAGAUGGCCCGAGACUAUAAAUCAGGCUUGAUCACGAAAUAGACCUAGCAUUAUAUGUACAGUACGUUGAUGAAUAUGCAGUGUAUUGUGCCUGCUGGCUAUUAAUGUAUACCUGUCUUAUUGUGUGUAAUUUAUUAAAACAUACAUUAAAACCACUC